AUGAGUGCUAGCACUAAUAGUGUUCCUAAUUCUUCGACGGGCUCGAAGAAGUCUCUAAAAGCUUUCAGUGACGAUAUAUGGAAGAACAAAACAGCGAAGAUAAAUGCCGAGCUUUUCACACUCACCUACGGAUCUAUAGUUUCCCAAUUGUGCACAGACUAUGAGCGCGAUUUUGUCAAGGUGAAUAACCAGCUUUUUUUGAUGGGCUACAACAUCGGCAUGAGACUAAUCGAAGACUUUCUGGCACGUACAGCCCUUCCCAGAUGCGAAUCGCUCGCUAAGACCAGCGAAGUGGUAAGUAAAUGUGCUUUCAAGAUAUUCUUAAACGUCACCCCUCAGGUGGGGAACUGGUCAAGCAGUCAGGACGCUUUUUCUUUAUUUUUGGAUGAGAAUCCUCUUUCUGAUUUUGUCGAGUUACCAAUGGAUGCAGCCAAAGAACUGUGGUAUUCAAAUAUUCUGUGUGGGGUUCUCAAAGGAGCUCUUGAAAUGGUUCAAAUGGACUGUGAUGUGUUUUUUACUAGUGACGUCCUGAAAGGUGACCAAACUACCGAGCUGCGAGUGAAGCUCAACAGGGUACUUAAAGAUGAGAUUCCAGCAGGUGAAGAUUGA